AUGUCUGGAAUUCUCUCAGGAUCUAACGUCACUGUGACCUCAAGGAAAAAAUUAAUGAAGAGCCUUGGACUGUUCAGUGCUGAAAUCGAAGAAAGCUAUGUGGCUGUAGAGGCUUCUGAUGAUGAGGAAGCACUAGAGGCAGAACUGAAACUACUCGACACCCUUCCGGAGGAAAUCAGAGCCCGCUUUCCAUUCUACCCUCCAUUGAAGUGGGAGGAUAGAGAGGAAUUGAAGAAGUUGGCUGAAGAUUCAGAAGCUGAAUUGCGCAAUUUCAUUAGAGGAAUGAAGGACGAUUACUAUGUUGAAGAUCACAUCAUUGUGGAGUAUCUUCGGCAAAAGUUGCUCUCAAAGCCAUGUCAAAAUCAGGGCUUUGUUCUGGAUGAUCCAAAUGAAACGACCGAGGAUCCCCGAAAUCCUACCUACGAUCCUCAGAUUUCCCCUCACCAUGUUAUUUACUUAAAUGCCAGCAAUUCACUUGUAAAACAUCGCUUCAAGACAAUAAUGGAGGGUCAGGACAAUAGCAUAGAUGAAAUCGACAAUCUCAACGAGCAGGAGGGUCUCUCCUUGGAUGUGGAGGAAGAAAUUCGUAGGAGAAGGAAGGAAUCCGAUGAUGCUAAAAAGAGACGAGAGCAACUUUACCCUGGCGGACCCCAGAAGGCAACCUUUAAUCGAAUUUUGAAGAGAAUAUCUAAUUCUCCAACGGGAGAUCUCUUUCGUCGAAUGAAGGGGAUUUUGGAUCCUUCGAAUGAUGAUGAAACAUUUGUUCGGAAUCUUGCGAAAGAAAUGAGAGACGCAGAUGAGUACAGCAGGAAUCUGCGAAAGGAAUCAGGUGAUGUAUUAGAUGAAAAUGAGAGGAAAAUUUGGCAUGAGUGGUUAAAGCUCUUAAAGAACGAGAAUGACCAGCGUCAUAUGGUGAGAAACAUGCCACGAAGAAACUACCUCCUUAAAUACUUCCUACCAAAGAUUUCGGAUUGUCUUGUCAACUAUGGCCUCAGAAGACCCAGUGAUCCAGUGGACUUUUUGGUAAGAUGCCUCGUCAAAUGGAAGGUGUUUAACGAGGGAAAUAAAAUAGACGGGGAAUAG